GUAUGGAUAAAAAGACGAAUACAUCUGAUAUAUUUACUUCAGAUAUAGCUGAUAAAAUUAAUUUUUGCACUGGAAUACAGUUGACAAAAGAAGAUGGUCUUCCAACUCAAAUAUGUGAUAUAUGUCUUGACAAUUUGUCAAUAGCAUACAACUUUAAAACUCUAUGUUUACUCUCUGAAAAGACAUUAAAAAGUAUAAAUAAUGAUACAAAAGAAGGUAUAUUAGAAGAUAUCAGCGGUAACACAGAUGAAUUUAAGCAGGACUUUCAAGCAGAAGAUAAUAUUCAGAUUAAACAAGAACCUGGUGUUAAUAGACGGAGUACAAGAGUUAAUUUAAAAUUAAAAAUAGGAAGUAUAGAAGAAAAUGAGGUAACAACAAAAGUUAGAAAUAAAAGGGGUCCAUACAAAAAGACUGGUCAAACACGACUAACAAAGUUUAAAUUUCGCAAACUAUUUUGUGAACCGUGCGGACUCAAGUUUGCAAACAAGGAACAAUCUGAUAAACAUAAAAAGGAAACUCAUAAAGGAGAGAGUUUUAUUUGUGAGAUUUGCGGUAAGGUGUUCGUACACCGCGCGUCUCACUUCUCUCACGUUCGGUCGCACCUGCCGCCGCAGCAUGCGUGCGACUCGUGCGACUACCGCACCUGGCACAAGCACGACCUCGUCAAACAUCUGCGCAUACAUACAGGUGUGAAACUGUACCAGUGCGAGCACUGUACCGCCUCCUACCACACGUCGUCAAACCUCAGCUGUCACAUUCGCCGCUGUCACGCGCGCGAGCGACGUCACGCCUGUCAUCUAUGUGACAGGACAUUCUAUGACCGAACAAAACUCAAUCGCCAUAUAGAUUCACAUAAUGAUAUCAAACGGUUUGAAUGUGAAGUGUGUCACGCUUGCUUCACACGGCGUUGCUACUGGAAGAAACAUUUGCAGCGCCAGCAUGGGGUCACAGUGCCCCCACAGAGACCUGGCCGUCAGAAGACCAACAGACAGGUCGGAGAGCUCCCCCCCACUGGCUUAGUGACGUAGGCUUUGGGAUUGUACAUCUCAGAAAUGAAGCAAUCAGUAGCAAUAAUAUUGUUUAUU